CUUUGAUCAUCUAUUCCCUUUUCUUCUUUUUUUCUUUCAAGAACGACAAUGGCAAAGGCGAACAAGUUUUAUAUCUUCCUGACUCUUUGUUCUGGUAUGGCUAUUGGAAGUACGAUUGUAAACAAGGUGAUGAAGCCCGAAAUGGUAAGGAUCUCCCUUUUACAUACUUUCAAAAAAGAAAAAGAAAAAAAAGAGAUAUUUUAUCUAAUGACUUUACAUAUUGAUCCCAUAGACCAUUCCAACCCCUCAACUCAAGAAACCAGAAUAAACCAAACUUGAUUCCAAUUC